CCCAGCUCUGCCUGUCCCCACUCACACCCAAAAGUCGUAAGACAGGAUUGAGGCAUCUCACAAACGGUAAAUGACCAAGCAACGGCUACAUUAGGAUAUCUAACUAAAUUAAUGGAUGCGGAUAAUAUGGGCCUAGAUAGCAAGAAGAUUAGGGAGAUUGUCCGUUUUUGGCUUGACGACCUAGCGAUUGUUUGGUUUAUUCUAAGACUUGUUGCAUGUAUGGCCAUUUAUUUCGUUUCAUAGGUGUUGAGAUGCAGUUAGAAUUACUUGAUAUCUAUAGCUUUUUCUUUCUUCCAGAAGAGGAUAUUGAAACCUCUUGUUAAAGUGACUUCAAUCUGCCAUGAUUGAACUCUGAAUCCCUGACUCAAAGUUGAAUUAGACUUUCAAAGUUCAUAACUGUUGCUUACAACAUGUUGGUGCAAUUUGCUUGAAUAGACUAUCACACAUUUACUCCAGUUUAAAACAUUUUGCUGUGCUUCAAAAUGCAUUCUCUCUCUCUCUCUCUCUCUCUCUCUCUCUCUCUCUCUCUCUCUCUCUCUCUCUCUUAUGCUAUGCUAUGUUCUCUAUGCCUCUGCUUAUCUUAAAGCUAUAACUAAGUUGCAAAGUUCUAUGCCAUAAAGUAUGGAAAUCCCCAGAAAUCAUAACGGAUGGUCAAUAUUUGUUUAAUAGCUAAUGUAUCUCUUUCUCCCUCCCCCCUGCAGAGGACUAGACCAACUCAGGCAAAAUGGUGAAAGUAGGUGUCAAUGGGUAAGAUACAUUUUCAUUUAACCCCUUAACUAACACAACAAAACCCACAAUAUAACAAUUUAUCACCACCACACAGACACGGUGUUAGAAUCUCCUACUCUCGCUUUGACCUAAUGCAGAGCUUAAGCAUUAAAACCAGACAUCUAUUUGAAAUGGCAAUCUGGCUAAUAUAUAAAUUAAUAAUAACUAAAAUAUAGGAAUUAUUACAAUCAAGAUUUCAGUACAUCAUUCCUUACUAAUGGAUGUACCCUGGUAACCUCACACAGGGAGUACUGAUCCCCCUUUGAAAGGACCCGCCCUCUGUUUGCAAGAUACACAAGUUGCAUAUGAUACACAAGUCAUCCCCGAUGUAGUAUUCAGACGAGCCCUGAGAGGAGCUUGGCUUUCAUGACCCUCCUCUCUGUACCCUUCUCUCUUGCGCCAGUCUUUUUUUAGCCAGGCAACCUUUGGAGAGAAGGUCAGGGGUACAGUACAGUGUCUUGUUGACAUUCUGAACCAUCAGAACAUUCAAUGGCUAUACAUUUAAUAGCUGUCUUACUCUGAAAUAGCUCAGCAACUAAAGAGCAGGAACUGUGUAAAGACUUGUGUUUUGCAGAAGGCACACUCUGACUAGCAGAACACAGACACACACAAACCCAGGGACAGUCUCUUGUUGUUCUCAGUGAUGUUUUGUGCUUUUCACUAGUAGGCAAGUGAUCACCUUGUGCUUAGAGUUGAAUAGAACAUCUUUAUUGUCCAGUCUACAAACAGUUGAAAAUGUGUAUUUGGCCUCACUCAUCACAUCUGUAAGGGGAUCUGCAUCUCCACCUCUCCUCUCCUCCUCCUCCCCUCCACCUCUCUGAGGACAGUGUGUAUCAGAGCCUGUCUGUCUGUGAACCUGAUUAGCUAGUUAAAAAGUAACUCUCUACUAAUCAAACAGGUGGAGGAUUACCACAUGAGGGGUAGACAGUUAGACUUUACACCCCAGAGAGUACAGCCUCAGUCCGGUUCCCUCUGCUGGCUACGAUACACACCUCCCUCUACCCCUCCCCUGAACCCUGUCCUCUUUCUCUGGAAAUACAUUCUUUUGAGGUCACCUAGUCGCCACAUGUUCCUUUGAGAUUUAUUUGAAAGCUCUUUAUAUCCGGUCAUUAGUCUUUUGCUUCAGGUGCUACACAACAGUCAGAUGUUGUAGAACAGAAAUGUGUCAGUUCAGUUGUAUACAUGACAUUUCUAUCUGCAACCUUUGAAACAUGGCUCCCUACUGAGCAAGGCUCCUGCUGUUACAUUAAAAUACAGGUACACAGACAGGAGAGAAAUAUGGGGGACUACCACAAACUAGUGGCCUGACUUUGGAGUUAACAUUGCAUACAAGUAUCUUCAUUUGUUUUUCAAUAGCGAGAGGUUUAUGAAAUUCCAUGGUAUUGAUCAGGACUGGGUGUGACAUCAAGGAUUAAUGGAAUGAAUCGUCUUGUCCCCCAGAUUCGGCCGUAUCGGGCGUCUGGUGACCCGUGCUGCAUUCCACUCCAAGAAGGGAGUUGAGAUUGUGGCCAUCAACGACCCCUUUAUCGACCUGGACUACAUGGUGAGUAGCCUAAAGCCUACAAUGGACCAGGGACUUCUAGCCCACUCAAUCAGUAGAAAAACUCACACCCCUAAUUAUUAUUGAUUCCUAACAUGCAUAAAGAAGUAAGGCUUAGAUAGUGAAAUAUUUAGCUUAUGUAUAUAUUAGUUAUUCACCCUAACUUAUUAAGUUUCAAUAAGUUAGACCUUUGAAUGUUGCUGUCACCAUGAAGCCCUCAAUGAACAAACCAAGGCCUCUAACCAAGACCCUGUCAUAACUUAGGAUCAAUUAACAAUAGGCCAAGAGACUCACCUCCUCCUUUCCCUCUUCAGGUCUACAUGUUCAAGUAUGACUCCACCCACGGACGUUUCCACGGUGAGGUCAAGGCUGAGGAUGGCAAGCUGGUCAUCGACGGACACAAAAUCACUGUGUUCCACGAGUGAGUUCAUUAAUUUAGUAAAAAAUAAAACAAAUAAUUCACAUUUAUUUCCACAUCUAAAGAAAUUCAUAAAAUCAGGUCAGCAUCAGUAGAAUAUGCAGGAGAUAGCUAAAUUCCCUUGUGGCCUUAUGGAAUUGCGCCCCCUUGUGGAAUCUAAAACAACAUCAGUGAUAGUCUAGUAAUCUAUGGUGCUCUGCUUCCUCAUAACGUAACCCUGAACACACUCUCUCUCUCUCUCUCUCUCUCUCUCUCUCUCUCUCAGGAGAGACCCAGCUAACAUCAAGUGGGGAGAUGCUGGUGCCACCUAUGUGGUUGAGUCGACAGGUGUUUUCACCACCAUUGAGAAGGCCUCCGUAAGUAUCCACACCAGUCGACCGAGCAUCCACAACUGUAUGAUAUAGGAAUAGCAUUAGAACAGAAAUAACUACUUACUUUAUAACAUUACUUUACCCAUCUGGCUUAACCUGCAUUUGGUGCACAAUGUUGAAUACAUACAAUGACUAGGCCACAAGAUAUUUGAAAUAAGGGACUCCUCUAACAUCUUUCCCCCCUCCUCCUCCUCCUACAGACCCAUCUGAAGGGCGGUGCUAAGAGGGUUGUCAUCUCCGCUCCCAGCGCUGAUGCACCCAUGUUCGUCAUGGGCGUCAACCACGAGAAGUACGAGAACUCCCUCAAGGUUGUCAGGUGAGACCCUCUUCCCUCCGACUCAACACACACUCCCUCCACUUAACAGAUACUGUAUGCAGCACCCUGGCUAUUCUGUUGUGGUUCAGACUAUAAUUUAACACCUCUCUCUCCACAGCAAUGCUUCAUGCACAACCAACUGCCUGGCUCCCCUGGCCAAGGUCAUCCACGACAACUACCACAUCAUUGAGGGUCUGAUGGUACGGAUUAAAACAACACCGGGGAACAAUCACCUAGAGAGGGCUUAACAGAUUUCACACGGAACACUAACAGUACAGUACAGGGGAUGGACUGUUUUUUAAGAUCACCAACACACCGUCUCUGUUUUUCUUAUCCAGUCCUCCCCUACUACCACCACUUCUGUACCCCCUUAAUAUGGAUCACUCCUCCUCUCUCAUCUCCCUUUCCCCUAAUACCUCUCUCUCACUCCCUCAGAGCACCGUUCACGCCGUCACCGCCACCCAGAAAACCGUUGAUGGUCCCUCUGGAAAGCUGUGGAGGGAUGGACGUGGCGCCAGCCAGAACAUCAUCCCUGCCUCCACCGGAGCAGCCAAGGCUGUCGGCAAGGUCAUCCCCGAUCUGAACGGGUCAGUACCACAACCUCUAAAUAACCAAUAACAACCAGUAAAACAAGACACUCAAUUAUAAUAUCACAAGUUCACAACCUCCAACUAACGCCAGUAAAACACUAUUACAAUACAGCUGUACAUUCACUUGUAACACAACCUCUAUCUAGACACCAGUAAAACACUAUUACAAUACAUUCACUUGUAACACUAGUAUCACAACUUCCUACUAACCACCAGUAACACAUUUAUAACACUAGUAGCCAGCCACUACUACACAGUUUUCAGUCAACAGUCAAAUGUAUAGCAAUGAAACACAGACAUUUGUCUAAGAACCAGUCACUUAUUAUGUCUGUAUAUCAAACUAUAGAGGAGUAAGUUGAACUUUGACCUUGCACUUCUGUCACCCGCUCUUCUUCCUCACAGCAAGAUCACUGGCAUGGCCUUCCGUGUCCCCACCCCCAACGUCUCAGUGGUUGACCUGACCGUCCGUCUGGAGAAGGCUGUGAGUAGCCCCACCCCCGCCUUACCAAUCUGCCAAUACACAUCAUGUCUGAGUGUCUCUAUAGUGUACCUUACCUGCUGAUACAAGCAGAAAGAUAACACUGUCCUAGGACCAGUUGUUAGACACAAAGUGACCACCUAGUUAAAUAAAGAUAGCAGUAAAGCCCAUUGUUGAGUAGACAAGACAAUACAUUCAUUGAUACAUGGUUAGUUAGCAUUGGAAAUUUAGCAACAAUUUGACAACCCACCUCUUGUGUCCUUGAACCACAGGCCAGCUACGAAGACAUCAAGAAGGUUGUCAAGGCUGCCGCCGAUGGACCCAUGAAGGGAAUUCUUGGAUACACAGAGCACCAGGUUGUGUCUUCAGACUUCAACGGCGACACCCGCUCCUCCAUCUUUGAUGCCGGCGCUGGCAUUGCUCUGAACGACCACUUCGUCAAGCUGGUUACAUGGUAUGCAUUUAUCCUCUCCAAAUAUACACAUGCACACACAUAUAUAUAUAUAUACACACACAUUCUUGGUGAGUGAUGAAGAAUCCUGACAGUCUCUCUCCUCUCCCCAGGUAUGACAAUGAGUUUGGCUACAGCAACCGCGUCAUUGACCUGAUGGCUCACAUGGCCACCAAGGAGUAAAGCAACCAACCAGACGCUACCGCACUAUGUCAUGUGACCCACAUAUUCCCCAUUUGAUUGGACUAUCGCUCUUAACUUGCCUGAGAAAGUUACCCGCAUAAAAAAAAAAACUAACAAUCACAACUAUAUAUCUAUAUUUUUUUGUAUUGUAAAGACCCUGUUCUGGUCUUGUGAAAGGUGAGAUGGAAUUUGGGUGUGAAGAGAUUUUCUCUGUUUGUUGCACUGAACCUGCUUCAUUCAGAAGCGGAAUAAAAGUCCU